UAGAUCCAAGCUCCUGGUUGCAUUUAUUAUACUGGGAACAACUGAUCUCUAAACCCUGUCCGGAAUCUCUGUUACAGAUAUAAACGCGCAGUAGCUGGCGCAAACGCAAAGCGAAAGUCAUUUGCGCACUCAGUGGGCAAUGAUCAUGGAUAUGAUGCGCUGUCAGUUCGGCCAAGCGAUUAUCCAUUAUUGCCGCAUCCUUUUGGCCGGAGCCUAGUCUCGUGCAUCUGUCGCUUCCGCUGCCAGCCGAACAAUAAAUGCCGUUGUAAAAGUCCUUUUUAAAAACACGGACCAGCUUACGACGCCCGUACGACAUUGCGCCUGGAUAUUAGCCUUAGUGUCGGAUAAGUGGGGAAAGUGAACAAUCUCUCAAAGUCAAGCCGGUGCUAACGUCAUAUGUAUAAAGCAUGUAUGCGGACAUCUACACACUAUGAUUAAGCCGCUUUUUUUCAUCCCCAUGCAGCGCCAAUAUUAACCGGCGUCCAGCUGAUGAGAAGCUGUAAUCUGUCUCCUGUAUAUACAUCGCCGAGCUGGUUGUGUUAGAUUACUCGUGCAUUCAAUUCCAGGAUUUGGCACAUGGAUUUCGACAUUGAUCCAGUGCGCAUAUAGCGGUGACAAUUGAUUCAUCUUGGCUCAAUCUGCAGCGCGGUUUAAGAGGGAAUUCGCACCCAACUUCCGGUUGCGCUUGCCGCAAAGUGCCAACCAGUCUGAUGACCUUUGUAUAGUGUGACAAUGGCCAUCUUGGCCUGAAUGAUUUUUGCCACUGAAAAAUGUUUUAUCAACAUUUCAAGCGUUUUGUUAUUCCGUAAAACCCGAUCCCUUAUAUAACAUAGGAAAGCGUGCCAACUGUUUUUAUUUGCUGUAUAACAGGAAAGCUGGAAUGUGCUCGCCGUUGUAUGGCUCAUACCAUGGAUGAAAUUAAUUGCAACGGUGGAUAUUGUAAAUUAUUUUGAGGAGAAUGUUGCCAGAAGGAUUUUUUAAUCAUCCCUGCUUGAUAAUUUUUGCUUUGGUACAAAGUGUAAUGCCGUUCAGUGAGCGAGAACGCAUUUCCCGGUACAAGAUUCCCAAGUAUCCCCCGGUUAUAUGGUUUCCGGAAUUCCCUAUGUUUAAUAAUCGAACGAAUCCCGCCAGGAUCGUCGUGCAAAUGCAUGACUCGUUGGAUUUCUUCUGUCCGGAUUAUAUUAAUUCACAAUACCAAAGCUUUACGGGAUCAAAGAAGCAUGCCAGUCCCAGUGAUUUUUACGGUGCCGAAGAAAUUUAUAUGGUGGAUGGCUCCGACUAUCAAUCCUGCUUCAGUGCGCUGACGGGGGGUCGACUGUCCCGUAAGCACGUCCGCUUAUUAUUGCGGUGUCCAGGGAAAACGGCGGAGACCGGGAUAAAAGCCAAAUACCAGUACACUGUCUCGUUCCGGAUGUUUUCGCCAGUGCCUAAAGGCCCGGAAUUCAACUGUAAUCAGGAAUAUUAUUUCCUGGGUACUCUGCCGGGACACAAUCAUGAUGAGGAAAUGAUGGAAAAAGCUUUGUGCUCGACACAGGCGCUGCGUCUGCAGAUUUUCGUAUCGUGUUCAGAUAUUCCAAGUCGGCAUCUGUUGGACUCGUUCUCCUCACCCAACGUAAUUCAGCUCGACAGGCCCGCUCAACCUUUAGAACUGCAAAGUGAUGCAUCAACAGCGUCGUCAAAAAUUCCGUCAUCAUCAUUUAAACCGGAUCUAUCCGUCCGUGUAACAACAACAUCCACCGCCGUCGCUGCAGCAGCAUCCAGUCCAGAUGAAAAAUCCCAACCACCACGCCCAGCUGAUCAUGUUCCUUCCCAUAGAAAAUCUCAUUCCCGUGGAUCGUCCACCAAAUCUCCUCCCGGAAAUGGCGGUCUUUUUAUUGCCGCCAGCGAUAAAAAGAUCAUGCGCAGUGAAGGGAACAAUAACCGGCAUUCCACAUUGCGACGGCAGCAGCAGCAGCAACGUCACUCCACAACAGUGAAGCCAGCGGCGGUGUUCACAAUCAGAAGUUCCCCAGUUGACGAUAGUGAUCAGGAUGAUGAUUUUCUCAGUGCCACCACAGUGGCCAAUAUCCCGAUACAGACAACGUUGAAAUCAAAACCGUCCAUCAAAGCGCCGGCUGCGUUUUUUGGCAGCUCAUCUAACAGCGCUUUACGACCGCGUUCCGUUUUGUUAAUAUUAUGUGACGCAAAGUAUUGUAUAAAUCCUUUAUUCGCACUUAUAAUAUUUUUUAUAUGGCUCAACCGAGUAUGACUAGAAGUACUUCUAGUGCGGUUUAAAUAUUUUAUUUGUUGUUUCUGACAUUUUCCGCUCAAAAAUAUUGCACGACUGCCGCUGUAUCUCAUCAUGUUAAGGUUACGAUGGACUUUUAA